AUGCCACGAGAGAAAAAGAAACGGACUGAUCAACUCCGUGCUGGCGCACGAGCGGUGUCGUUAAUUGUGCACAUGGUCAGUUCGGGCGUCCUCUUGCCGCUAUCUUCGGUCGUAAUCUGCCGUAGUGACGUUGACGACGAUGGCGGCGACUGCGGUGCCGGUGGUGGUGGCGGCGGCGGCAGUGGUGUCGGUUUCGGAUACCACCACGCCACUGACGCCAUCAUGGCCGGCGAGGGCGACCCACCUCCCGACCUCAACAACCGGCAGGCCGAGGGUAGCGCUAGUGCCAGUUUCCUACGUGCUGCUCGGGCCGGAAAUCUUGACAAGGUGUUGGAACUGUUGCGCGGCGGGACCGACAUCAAUACAUGUAAUGCAAAUGGACUGAACGCAUUGCAUUUAGCAUCUAAAGAGGGUCAUAGCGAGGUCGUACGCGAACUUCUCAAAAGAGGCGCGCACGUCGACUCGGCUACUAAGAAAGGAAACACAGCCCUGCAUAUAGCUUCACUAGCUGGUCAAUCAUUAAUAGUAACUAUACUUGUUGAAAAUGGAGCAAACGUCAACGUUCAAUCGCUCAACGGGUUCACGCCGUUAUAUAUGGCCGCUCAGGAGAAUCACGAGGAUGUAGUUAGAUUCCUGUUAUCACACGGCGCCAAUCAAGCUCUAUCCACUGAGGAUGGCUUCACUCCAUUGGCAGUAGCACUCCAACAAGGUCACGAUCGGGUUGUGGCAGUACUGCUGGAGAACGAUGCCCGUGGAAAAGUUCGACUCCCAGCCCUUCAUAUCGCCGCCAAAAAGGACGAUAUCCGAGCGGCUACACUACUGUUACAGAAUGAACACAACGCUGACGUCACGUCAAAGUCCGGAUUCACACCUUUGCAUAUCGCGGCUCACUACGGAAAUGAAAAUGUCGCUCAGCUUCUCAUUGAUAAGGGAGCGAAUGUGAAUUAUCAAGCGAGGCACAAUAUCAGCCCACUGCACGUUGCAACAAAAUGGGGACGAACAAAUAUGGUGGAAUUGUUGUUGAAACAUGGAGCAAUAAUCGAUUCACGUACUCGUGAUCUACUUACACCACUUCAUUGCGCAUCACGAAGUGGACACGAUCAAGUUGUGGACCUAUUACUGGAGAAAGGCGCUCCGAUUAGCGCUAAAACAAAGAAUGGUCUCGCCCCGCUUCACAUGGCUGCUCAAGGUGAUCAUGUGGAUUCGGCACGAAUCCUUCUCUAUCAUCGAGCACCAGUCGAUGAUGUGACCGUCGACUAUCUGACACCUUUGCAUGUAGCCGCUCAUUGUGGACACGUCAGGGUAGCAAAACUUCUUCUGGACCGUAACGCUGACCCGAACGCAAGGGCGUUGAACGGUUUCACACCGUUACAUAUUGCUUGUAAGAAGAACAGAAUUAAGGUGGUAGAAUUGCUCCUAAAAUACCAUGCUGCUAUCGAAGCCACUACAGAAUCUGGAUUAUCACCGCUUCAUGUGGCAUCGUUUAUGGGAGCUAUCAAUAUUGUCAUCUAUCUUCUUCAACAGGGUGCAAAUCCAGAUGUAGCAACAGUCCGUGGUGAAACACCCUUACAUCUAGCAGCACGUGCAAAUCAAACUGAUGUUGUUCGUGUUUUGAUUAGAAAUGGCGCAAAGGUUGAUGCUCAAGCGCGUGAGCUUCAAACUCCAUUGCACAUUGCUAGCCGACUCGGAAAUACGGACAUUGUCGUCCUGCUGCUACAGGCAGGUGCCAACUCCAACGCAGCGACCAGAGAUCAGUAUACACCGCUGCAUAUCGCCGCUAAGGAAGGUCAGGAAGAGGUAGCAGCUAUUCUUCUCGAUCACAACGCUGAAAAGGGUGUACUUACAAAGAAAGGAUUCACUCCCCUGCAUCUUGCUAGCAAAUACGGAAACGUUGAGGUGGCUAAACUAUUACUGGAACGUGGAACACCGGUAGAUAUUGAAGGAAAGAAUCAAGUAACGCCACUGCAUGUCGCUGCUCACUAUAACAACGAUAAGGUUGCGAUGCUUCUCCUCGAACAUGGAGCAUCCGCAAAAGCGGCGGCAAAGAAUGGCUAUACUCCGCUGCAUAUCGCAGCCAAAAAGAACCAAAUGGACAUCGCCAGCACAUUACUACAGUAUCAUGCGGAUCCUAAUGCUAAAUCCCGAGCUGGUUUCACUCCACUACAUCUUGCCGCUCAGGAAGGACAUCGUGAAAUGUCUGCUCUUUUGAUAGAGAAUGGAUCAGAUGUCGGUGCUAAGGCUAAUAACGGCUUAACAGCUAUGCAUUUGUGUGCACAAGAGGAUCGUGUACCAGUUGCAGAAGAAUUGGUAAAACAUAACGCUGAUGUUAAUAGUCAGACUAACGCUGGAUAUACACCGCUUCAUGUCGCAUGCCAUUUCGGACAACUGAAUAUGGUACGUUUCCUUGUUGAACAUGGAGCCAACGUCGGUGAAACCACUCACGCCAGCUACACACCGCUUCACCAAGCUGCUCAACAAGGACAUAACCAUUGUGUUCGAUACCUGCUUGAACAUGGAGCAUCACCAAAUGCCCAGACUGCGAACGGUCAAACUCCGCUCUCGAUCGCCCAACGGCUAGGCUAUGUGUCGGUAGUGGAGACAUUGAAGACCGUCACAGAAACUACAGUAAUCACCGAAACAACCACAGUCGCUGAAGAUCGCUACAAACCGCAGAAUCCAGAAGCGAUGAACGAGACGAUGUUCUCGGAGAGCGAGGAUGAGGGAGCGGCUGCUGAGCAUGAAGCUGCUACAGCUCACGUCAAGGAUUUCUCCGAUACACUCACACAAGGUUUGGCCGAUUCAACGGGUGUGCAUAUGAUACACACUGGAGAACAGCUCCUAUCCAAGAGCGCUGAAUUUGAUGGAACAGCGCCCAGAGUAGCAACCGUUGCAAUCGCUGACGGACCCGACAAACUAGAUGAAUUAAUCAGAAAAGCACAGGCGCAACCAAUGCAAACCACCAUCAACGACACAACAAUUUUGGAUCGUACCUUCACCACUACCAACGAUAACGUCCCGAUUGGACAUCAUGUCGCACAACCAAGUAAACUACAGCACAAGACUUUCUUGAUCUCAUUUCUGGUGGAUGCGCGUGGUGGUGCGAUGCGUGGAUGCCGCCAUUCUGGCGUGCGUAUCAUCAUUCCACCACGAAAAGCCAGUCAACCUGUGCGAGUCACAUGUCGUUACCUUAGGAAGGAUAAAUUAGCCCAUCCACCACCGCUUAGCGAAGGCGAAGAACUAGCGUCAAGAAUCUUAGAGAUGGCUCCAGCCGGUGCCAAAUUCCUCGGUCCUGUCAUCCUAGAAGUGCCGCAUUUCGCGUCUCUCCGAGAUCGCGAACGUGAAAUAGUCAUCCUGCGCUCAGAUGACGGCCAACACUGGAAGGAACACCAACUCGAAGCAACCGAAGACGCCGUCCAAGAGGUGCUAAACGAGUCAUUUGACGCUGAAGAGCUAGCCCAACUCGAUGAUCUCCACACCCCAAGAAUCACCCGGAUACUCACCAACGACUUCCCUAUGUAUUUCGCCGUCGUCACGCGAGUUCGACAGGAGGUCCACUGUGUUGGUCCAGAAGGUGGUGUGAUCAUGUCCUCGGUGGUACCACGUGUACAAGCGAUUUUCCCCGAUGGAUCUCUCACGAAGACGAUCAAAGUAUCGGUACAAGCACAACCGGUACCACAGGAUAUGGUUACGAGACUACACGGCAACCGAGUGGCGGUGUCACCAAUUGUGACAGUCGAACCGAGGCGUAGAAAAUUCCAUAAACCAAUCACUCUGUGUAUUCCAUUACCGCAGAGUAGCAACAAGGGAAUGCUCACCCAGUAUUCGGGACAACCUGGACAGGAACCACCUACCCUACGAUUGUUAUGUUCGAUAACUGGAGGAUCUGCUCCAGCUCAAUGGGAAGACAUAACUGGCACAACGCAGCUUACAUUUACUGGUGAUGAGGUGUCAUUCACAACGACAGUUUCGGCUCGUUUCUGGCUGAUGGAUUGCCAAACUCCACGAGAUGCUGCCCGAAUGGCUCAGGAGGUUUACAACGAGGCGAUUUCUAUUCCUUAUAUGGCCAAAUUUGCUGUGUUUGCCAGAAGGACGUUCCCGGUUGAAGGUCAAUUAAGAGUGUUCUGCAUGACGGAUGACAAGGAAGACAAAACAUUGGAGAAGCAAGAACACUUUAAGAUGAUCGCUAAAUCUCGAGAUGUAGAGGUUCUCAAAGGAAAACAUCAAUUCCUUGAAUUUGCCGGAAAUCUAGUGCCAGUAACGAAGAGCGGAGAUCAACUUAGUUUGUUCUUCCUACCGUUCCAAGAAAAUCGACUCGCUUUCAUGGUUAAGACUCGCAACAAGGAUGACACCGAAGCUGCUACAGAGGGAAGAAUUGCUUUCAUGACCGAACCAAAGGUCCGCUCCGAGUCUCUACCACCCCAACAACCAAUCUGUACACUGGCCAUAUCAUUACCAGAAUACACUGGCGAAACACCCACGGUUACCAUCCAGAAAGAUACUACACCAUUUGAUGUCAAGUACAAGGGAGCUUUGGAGAAGGAGCUACCCGAAUACGUCCACAAUAAUGUGUUAAAAGGCGUAGGAGCAGAUUGGCAACGGUUAGCUCGGGCUCUCGAACUCCCGCAUAGAGACAUCCAAUAUAUUCGUCAGAAUUAUCCCGGAAAAGAGAUUCACAAUGUCUUGAAGAUUUGGAUUUAUCUGAAGAAGGAAGAAGCGAAUCCAGAACGUCUCGAUAAUGCAUUACGCCGAAUCGGACGUGACGAUAUUGUUCGCAGCAUCGCACACGGUGAACCGGACACGUUAAGUUAUGGUAAUGGCAGCGAUUCGCCGUCAAGUAAACGUUUUGAACCGGCGAAAUAUGUGGAGCUGCCGGCAAAGAUUCAUAGGACGUUUGAUGCGCCACCAGUGCCGCCUCCACGUCGCGACGAAAAACCAGUGCCACCUCCACGACAAGAAGUAACUACAGUUUAUCAUGAAAUAUCAGAACCACCUAAUGAAGUUUCCACACCACGUCACGAAAUCCACGAAAUCGUUCAUGAGGAAGCCACUAUAGAACAUCCAUCAAAGGAGGUUUCUCCAGCUGGUUCCGCGGGUAUAAAAUACACCGCCAAGCUGCCAACUGCAGCAAAAAUAGUUGAACCAGUAGUUGAAGAACCGUCGAGUACACAAGUAAUACAUCCGGAAGUAGACGAAGAAUCCGUGUCUGAAGUACGCACCGUUGUUCGAACUGAACGCCAUGUUCAUGAUACAGAAAAUGGGCCAGUCGUUGAAGAACGUACAAUCACAACCACCUACGAAGAUGAUGUAGCUGUUAAUGAGCACGUCGUUGACCGGACAGUACCAUUAAAUGAGGAAGAGAUGCAAAAAUGGGAAGAGCUCAAUCGACUAGCUGGUCAUAAAGCUUAUAUACAAGAAGAAGAAGAAGAGCCGCUACCAGAAGGAAUGGCCCAAGAAGUCGAGACCGAGAAGUACACCGAACCCGACGGUACUGUGGUGACAACAACAACAAUUACAAGUCACUAUACUUCUCAGUCGCCCGCCCCUAUCUCUGAGGAAGGCGAAGAGGACGAAGAAGCUCUCCGAGGUAUAGGAUUCGUUUGCUGUCUAUAA